AUGCACUCUGUGGGGUUUUACCACGAGCACGAACGAUGGGAUCGUGACAGUCACAUCACUAUCCUCUGGCAAAAUAUUGAUAGAGAAGCGUAUGACCAGUUUGGCAAAGUCGACCUUAGUGAAAGCUCCUAUUAUGGCCAAAUGUAUGACUACUACUCAAUUAUGCAUUACGACAGUUUGGCGUUUUCGAAGAAUGGUUUCGAGACGAUGGUAGCGAAGCGACCGGAAAUGACAGCGACUGAUAUUCUGAAGAUGAAUUUGAUGUACCAGUGUGGGCAGAGGAUUGUCAUGACAAAACGAGUCUGUGCUGGCGUUGGCUGGGCCGCUGCAAGUCGUUCUUUUUCGAGAAGAUCAUGA